AUGCUCACCCUCCCUCUCCGCAGGAGUGUGGAUGUCACUGCCCGCCGACGGAAAGACCUCCCAAUUGCGCUCCCAUGGGGAUAUGCCCUAUUUGCCUGCCACCUGGCGCGUGAACUGGGGCUGAAAUUCUUGAACGCUUGUGCAGAUCGACAGUUCACAAUCAAGCUUGACUUGAGAUGUGCCGAUGAGUUUAGUAUUUCAGCAAAGAAAUGUACACCGAGCUGCCAAUCCCGGUGGAAACUGGUCAAACGGAGCCACGAAGUCCCCGCACAUGAGCUUCAGCGUCAGUGGCUUGAUGUGCCAGUGGGAGAAUCCGAGAACCCCGAUUUACAGAGGGAGUCAUCUCUGCAAGUAUAUUCUCAAAUUAUCGCAAUCGGGACCCAUGCUGGUCUGAAGCCUGAUGAAUGCCUUCGAGUCGUCGAUGUGGCUGGUGGCUUGUGGCGGUGUAGCGCCAGCGAAGACUCGGGGUCGGCCGCUGAAGUCAUUUUCCCACGCGAUCGCCCCUCGAGCUGCAGCCACAUUCACAGAAGAGGACUAGCUAUACUCUGA